UUUAAUGCUGUUCAUGAAUUGAUAUACUUUCUGAAUUGAUAUUCUUUCUUAAAAUAUUUAGCAAAACUGAACUGCUGAACAAACCUAGCAACACUUCGUUCAAAUAUCGAUCGCGGCGCAGAAGUUUUUACCUCGGUACUGGUGUGCUCAUAGAAGCAAUUACAGAUUAAUUAAUUUGACUUGCAUAUUUUGUGAAUGAUAGGUGUGGUUUUAAGCAACAGCAAGAGUUUUAAAAUUCAUAAAACCAUUUAGUUACCGCUGUAAUUAUGAUAAUUUUAGUAUAGGUAUAUUUUUUGGGUGAAGCAAUUUUAAUACGUACUUGGGCUUAGCUUACUCUCAAGGAAAUCAAUACAAACUUUAUCCUUUGGCACAGCGAAAUAUACGGAUUAAAAUGGAUGAAAUCGAAAGACUACUAGCGGAACUAUCAAUCAAUACUAUUGAUGUGGAUAAAGUCCAUUUGGUAGAAGUAACGUAUAUUUUAGAUCCAUUCGAUUUUUACGUUCGUCCGAUGAAAUAUAGACCCCUCAUCCAAGCGUGGGAGUGCACUGAACCUACAGCCAGAACAACAGUAUUCCAUAUUCACGACCUAAUAAUAUUUAAUUAUGGAUAUUCUUGUGGAGCUCAGAAAUAUAUGAGGGGACGAAUUACCCGUGUGUCACACAUUGAGUAUUACUUGGCGUUCGAUGUAUUUGCAGUUGAUUACGGUUUUACUGAAAAAUUAAUCCCGAUAGAACAUGUGUGGGAAUGCCCAUAUGAAUUAAAACAUACACCACCACUGGCUUUUGACUGUCAGUUGGCUAACUGUUACCCUAUGGAUCACACCCGUGGCUUUCCGUUAAACACGAUUCACGCUUUUAAAUAUUAUUCGGGAAAUGAGCCUCUUCGAAUGAAAAUUUUAGUCAAGAAACAGCAUAAGCUUCUGGUUGAGUUAGUAAAUUCUACUCCAGAAAGCAUUGCGACCUUGCUAGCUAUAGGCGGAUAUUCAAUACUAGGCUACUAUUAUGACGCGAUCGUUUGGAAUCCUGUUGUUGGACGUAAAAUCAUGUACUUCGAUUUCAAAAAGCUCAUGAUUGGUGAAAAAUUACAUGUAAGGGUGCUGUCGGGUGUUUCCCUGAAUGAAUUUCAUGUUGCCAGAGUAAUUGACUACAAUUAUCACCUCAAAGAAAUUGAUAUCAUAACAUUUUACGCAAGAAGAGAAUUCUCGCUUUCGCCUGAGCACUUGAUUGAGGGCACGUUGGUGUGUGUAAAAAAUGACAGCAGAAAUAUAUAUGAAAGAGCUUUUAUAAAGAAAGUGACGAUACCAUAUGAAACUGCUAUAGUUCAGCUCGUGGAUUGGGGAAUAGAUGAAGAGUUCCAUAUUGGAAAAAUGAAAUAUAUGUCCACACAAUGCUUGAGGACACCGGUACUUUCGAUUUAUUGCAGAUCUGAUGCGAACCAAGCAUGGAAUAACGGAUAUGAUAGAUUUUUGACCCCUGGCUUUGAAUUCAAUAUUACGGUUAAAAGCCUAGGAUAUCAGUUCGAAUGUCCUCACACAGUUGAUAUUACCCCUGCUUUAGAAUCUGAUGAAGAAGGUAAUGAGGCUAGAGCUUUACCAAUUAAUUAUAAUCAGCAAAACUAUUAAGCAUAAUUUAAUUCAAUUUCAAAAUAUUAUUAAACAGUUUAAGAAAUGUAAUCCAUAUUUUUAGGUUAAAUAACUGUCAUAUUUAGAGGCGCCAAAUAAAUUCAAGUCUUGUAAAUAUUCAGUAACCAAGUAGUAAACAGUUAAACAAAUGUAAUUCAAAUCUUUUAGGUUAAAUAACUGUCAUGUUUAGAGGCGCCAAAUAAAUUCAAAUCAUGGAAAUAUUUAGUAACCAAGUAGUAAAAGGUUUAAUAAAAUAAUUUAAUUCAUAUUUUUAGGUUAAAUUACUGUCAUGUUUAGAGGCGCCAAAUAAAUUCAUAUAUUUUAGGUUAAGUAACUGUUUUGAGGCGCUUAAUAAAUUGAAGUCAUGGAAAUAUUUA